AUCAAUAGUAAGGGGGUGAAAAUAAACAUGGCGGACACGGAGUUCGAAGAAUUUAGACAUAGUUUCGAGAAAAUAUCAUCGCACACUAAAACAACUGCACCAUUCUAUUCACUUGUUCACGACGUCACGGUCGAUGAAGACUCUCCCACGUCUUCCAAGAGCGAUUUGGACAAUUACUGUGAUAUAAACGAUGGUUUGGAAAGUAAUAGUGGACCCUCAUCAUUUGGUAGUAAAAAAGAAAACGCUAUAUCUAUUGGUGCUUCGCCUUCCCUACCUUGGAAAGGUGAAAGAAGACGUAGAAAACUUCCGGAAAUUCCAAAAAAUAAAAAGUCAUCUGUAGUUACAAUGUAUAAUAACGCUCAAUUGCAUUUAUCAAGGGAUAUAUCCCUAGCUGAUGAACUAACUGGUAACAACAGUGGACCAAGUUCAAUCCUAGUAUUAAAAUGUGGUUAUUUAUGGGACGAUUCGCCAGAAUCGGACAGAUUAUUAACGGACGCCGAUAGCGGCCACAGCACUGCACAUUCACCUAGUGGAACCGACGGACCGAAAUCAAUGUCUCCAAUUUUGGGUAUUUCACCUUCUGUAAUUGGGGGUGUAGCUUACAACGAUGUAGAUAUGCUAGAAGCGACGCAUAGGGCGCUGCAUAAAUUCAUUCCGAGGCACGAAGAUGAAAUAGAAAUUGAAAUAGGAGACCCAAUUUAUGUACAGAAAGAAGCUGAUGAUCUUUGGUGUGAAGGAGUCAACUUGAGGACGAGUAGAAUGGGAAUUUUCCCAUCUGCAUAUGCUGUUGACUGUGAUUAUAGUGAUUGGGAUUCUUCUUGUGAACAUGGCCGUAGGGAGCGAUAUCUUUUAGGUUAUAUUGGGUCGGUGGAAACGCUGGCCCAUAAGGGCACAUCUGUGGUAUGUCAAGCUGUUAGAAGGGUUAUUGGAAAUACAGGAAAUGAACCGGAACUUCAUCCCUGCACUUUAGAAGUCUCCGAUCAGGGCCUUAGGAUGGUGGAUAGAAGAAAACGAAAUCAAAACGAACCGUGUAUAGAUUACUUUUAUUCGUUAAAGAACGUAUCAUUCUGCGCAUUUCACCCCCGCGACCAUCGCUAUUUAGGUUUUAUAACCAAACAUCCGACGUUGCAAAGAUUCGCUUGCCACGUUUUUAGAGGUCAAGACUCCACGAGGCCUGUAGCUGAAGCGGUCGGUCGUGCAUUCCAAAGGUUCUACCAAAAGUUCAUAGAGACUGCUUAUCCGGUUGAAGAUAUUUACAUUGAAUAAAUGUUUUAGUGCAAUAAAUAAAUUAUUCUACGAUAUGUAAAUAUAUAAUGCUGUCAUCAAUAAAGAAAACUGUCUACUUUUA